AUGGGGAUAUCUUUGGAUAUAUCUACAAUAGUAGACAACAUGGAUAUACGUGAGGGAGCUUUUAAAAGUAUGCGUAAUCUUCGAUUUCUAAGCAUAUACAAGGCAAGAUAUGAUGCAAAUGUUAGGGUGCAUGUACCCGAGGACAUGGAUUUUCCACCUCGUCUGAGGUUAUUACGUUGGGAGGUAUACCCUAGAAAGUGUCUUCCUCGUACAUUCUGUCCCGAAUAUCUUGUGGAACUCGAUUUUCGAAGGAACCUUCUUGAGAAGCUUUGGGAAGGAACCCAGGUUGGUAUCUAUAUUUGUGUUUACAUUUCUAUGAAAAUACUUGCGACAUUAGCAAUCAAACACGAGAAAUUUAAAAUAAAGUUUAUUUAG